AUGAACAGAAUAGUCAACACGCCCCUCGGACCCCCUCCUCAACAGAAGAUCCGCUUCGUCAAUAACCCAGGUCAGCCCCCGGCCAAACGUCGGAGGAUAAAUGCAGCAUGCCUGACCUGCCGGAAACGAAAGACUCGCUGUGACGGCAAGAAGCCGAUCUGCACGACGUGCUCCAACAAUGGGCACGCCUGUAUGGGUUAUUCGGAGGGUGAGAAAAAGGAGGUAGGGGUACAUGAUGACUCGAGGACUGUUAAAAUUGAGUCAACCCCCGGCCUGCACGGCUUGGAUAACCACAGUAGCCUCCUCAACGACACUUGGAGGAGAAAGUCUACUGCUACGCAAAAUCGCCCUCCUGUUGCUGGCUUUGUCGACGACGACAUGAAGUGUGACUCCAGUUCCAGCGCCACGGUCACCCCCCGUCCGGCCCUCGACAAUGGCAACGACUGGGACCACGAAGAGAAGCCAGCUUCCAAAGACACGCCGCCGAACCAGGCCUCAUCCUCGGCCUCAUCAGAUGGCAGCAGGACUGCUAACAACCGCUCGCCGGUCCAUCGUCAUACGGAGAGUCGCCGUGUGCCCUACUUCCGUUACUUUGGCACCACGGCCAUCGUCCCAGGCUUCAAGAAGGUCCUAGUGGAUGUUAUCUUUCGCAAGUCCCACCAGUCGAACAACUUCUCUAAGACGUAUUCGUCAGCUCUGGGCGGUCACGACCUGUCGUCGAAAGACCUCUCUGGUUAUGACCCGGAUCAGGACCCUCCCCUGGACGGGGGAGAGCGAUUUGCUUACUACGAUGCUCACAGCCCGGAUCCUGUUCCUCCAUUGAUCUUCAUGCUUGUCGAUACCUUCUUCCGUCAGCUCGGCUGCAACUAUCUCUUCCUGCGUAAAGAACGCUUCGUUCGCCUGCUUAAGGAAAAGCGGCUCGAGCCGAUUCUCGUCGACACAGUAUGCGCUUUGGCGGCUCGCUUUGUGGAGCAUCCUACGCUGAUCCAAGCGACCACGAGGCACUUUGGACGACCAGUCAGAAAGCAUGAAUACGGUCAUCUCUAUGCCCAGCGCGCGAAGAGCGCCAUUGUCGACCAUUUCCCCUGCCCGUCGGUCGCUGCUGUCCAGGCUGCUCUGCUGAUGGCGUAUGAGGCCUUUGGUGCCAAUCAGGACAGCGCCCUCUGGAUGUACCUGGGCAUCGCCAUUCGAAUGGUUCUUGACCUGGGUCUGCAGAGGAUCGAGGGUAUCAAGUAUCGUGGCGAGCGUGACCCAUGGUACACGAGGUUCUGGAGCCGCCGGGAUAGGGAAGAGCUAGAUGGACCUGAUACCAAAGGCGUCGAGGAUACCCUCAGCCCAGAAGAACAACGUGAGGUAGAGCAAGAGCGCAUAGAUACCUUUUGGGCUGUCUUUGUCCUUGACCGCGUCAUCUCGUCCAGCACGGGCAGACCCGUGACCUUCCGGGAUGACGAUUUCGAUCUGUCGCUUCCCGAGCCGACCCUGGAUCCCAACACCGGCUGGCCCGCUCCGUUCCCUACCUUCAGCGAGAUCAUCCAUCUGUACGGCCGCGUGUCCGAUGUGCUCAACAACAUCCGCGACGCCAGCGAUCUCACUGAGGACAAGAUGCAGAAGCUCUCGAGGAUGGAGAGCGACCUGACAGCUUUGUACAAGAAGCAGGACUCUCGCCUGCACUUCAACCCUGUUAACUUCCGUCAAUAUGUUGAGAUGAACCAGGGCACAACCUUCAUCCUACUGCACUUCUGGUUCCACGCACUCAUCAUUGUUCUUCAUCAGCCGACCUUGUUGACGCCAUUCCACGACAUGAAGCCGAUCCAGUUGCUGCCGAACAGUCCCCAGUUAUCGAUGUCGAGUGCCAAAACCAUUGCCGAUAUUCUUGCUUUUGCCGAGCUCAUCGACCCCAAGAGUCUUGUUGGCAACCCCUUCACCUCGCAGCCCAUUUACAUUGCUGCCUGUGCUUUCCUGAUGGAAUCUGUCGCCAACACCUCGACCCCGCCUUCUCGUGAGGGAACCCCUGUUCCAGACGCAAAGAAUGACCAUAACCGAUGGGGAAGAGAGGGUCAACCGAAACACUCCUUGCUCGCGCAUGCGGCCAACGAAAACUAUCAACGCUGCUACAAGUCGCUCCAGGAGCUGGAAAAAUACUGGGCCGGCGUUGGCUACAUUCUUAACGCUUUGGAUCAGAAAUCGAAGGGCAUCUGGGAUUGCGAGGCCUUCUCGAAGGACGAGUCCACAUAUGCAGAAAGAGAGCUCCGUUCCAGGCUCGACGUUUCAAACUCUCCGGCCCCUCCGACGGCUCCGUUUGCCUGUGCGCUGCUCACCGGCACGACCAAUUCGCCCAACACCAACGUAACCGUAAUGCUGAAGGAUUCGGCCACAGCCCAGGUUGCUACGGCCACAAUCACUCUGCCCCCUCCCUCGGUUCUUGCACAGUCGGCCCAAGUACCCGCACCGACACCGCCAGGCAAUAUGGUGUACGAUCCUAUCCGUCAAAGUCUCCCCGGCACACCGCAGCCCCCGACCUACCUACAACCCAGCAUCGGGACACCCCGAUUUCCGCCCAACACGCCGCGGGAAAGCCGCUCCUCGCAAUCUCCGGGCUCGGGGAAAUUGCAUGUCCAAAUCAAAUACGAAAUGUCACCGCCGGUGGACAUGGACUCUAUCAACCAGCGUGGCGAUAUGAGACCACCGCCGCUGCAUGCUGCAUCCGGGUCCUUCUCAGACCACGACUCGAUGCCACAGUCCUCAUACAAUACGCCGAACUCACAACAACAUUCAGCCUACGAUUCGGCGACUAUGCACGACCGGUCAUCUUCGGGUACUCCUACAGAUUCGGGUGUGAGUCAGCAGCACUCCUUGCCUGCUCACAAUCACAACAGCAGUUACCUUUCUCAUCAUCACGAUCAGUACGGCCACAAUCACCACGGCAACAGCAACCACCACGAUUACAUGCAUCACGACAACAAUAGCGCAUCACAUAACACGAACUAUGUCACAGGAAUGGACUUCUCGCAGUCCAACAUGAUCCCCGGCAGCGGCGUAUCCCCCUCUCCUUCCAACGGCGGCGGAUCGACCGGAUUCGGCAUGCUCAACCCCGUGCCAGAGAUCAACCUCAACGAUGUGUUCGAGCUGAGCACGGAUAUCAACAUCGAGUCCCUGGGUACGGAGAGUGAUACCAUGGUUGCGCCGGCGCCUUGGCUCGAGCUUCUGCCGCUCGAGAGACUGGUGGGCUUAUUCGAGGAGGGCAUCAAUGCCCAGCAGGGGCAGACUCAAGGGCAGUGGUAUCAUCAUGGGAGAGAUUGA